GAAAGUUCCCAAAAGCUGAACGAAGAAGCAACUUGGACUUCGAAUCGAGCAUCUUAUUUGCACAUGGCAUAAAAUCGUUCAACGGUUAAACCUGUGGUUACUCGCCAGACUGGACCGACUGGAUUGAACUCUUUUUUUUCUAGUGUAUUGAGUCCGACUCUGCGACGCAUAUGGACAAGCUGUCGCGUCUUAAGCCAUUUCAAAUUCAAGACGUCUGACAAGUUGAUGGUUGCACCAGGGUUACGAAUAGCGACCAAGAGUCCGAGAUGGACGGCUUUGGGAAGGUACUUGGUCUAAGUUAUUUCAAUGAGUUUUAAGGAGCUAGGCAUAUUUGAUGUCCACUGCACCCGAGCAAAAUGAUCCGACCAGUCUUCUCAUGCCUUUCGCUAAGGCCGCGGCACUAUUCACGUCUGAGGGCAUCAUUGCUUCCACCCUUCCAGCCUUCUUUGGCGGACAGAAGACAAACCCAAGACAGGGUGGCAAAGAAAUGCGACCCUCUGCGUAUUCUGUUCUGCGGCUCAGAUGAAUUCAGCUGCGCCGCGCUCGAGGCGCUCGACACGGAACGCAUGCGCAACCCGUUUUUGAUUCAAUCCAUCGACGUCGUGGUCAGGCCGGGCAAAGGCACAGGCCGAGGGUACAAAGUCAUUCAGCAUCCCCCCAUCAGAGACCUGGCCAAACGUCUCUUACUACCAAUCCAUGAGCGUGAUACCUUCACGGGCUGGAAGAUGCCUGAGUCCAUCAAUCUCAUCAUAGCCGUCUCCUUCGGCCUCUUCGUGCCCCCACGGCUACUCAGAGCCGCCAAGUACGGCGGUCUCAACGUCCACCCAUCAUUGCUGCCCGACUUCCGCGGACCGGCUCCGUUGCACCACACAAUUCUGCACCAGUGGAACUCCACCGGGGUAACUCUCCAAACGCUGGACGACAAGGCAUUCGACCACGGCAUCGUGCUGGAGCAGACGCCUCUUGAAAGUCCUGUGCCUCGCGGCAUUACCGUGAAGGGGCUCCAAGACCUUCUAACGCCCUUGGCAGUGAACAUGCUCGUGCAGGGCCUCCGCGACGGGCUCCACGUCCCGCCGCUGCAGGACCGUGGUCGGGUGGGGGAGCCUGCGGCGCCCCUCGCGUCGCCACAUGCGCCCAAGAUCACGCCCCGGGAUCGCCAGUUCCUUCUGAGACCGGCGUCGUCUACAUAUCCUCUGGAGCCGACGGUGAACCAUUCUGAGGUCCUAUUGCGACAACAGAUCAUUGGGCCGCUAUGGUUCAAGGCAAAAGACAAAAAGGGAGACCUAAAGCGCAUCAUCGUCGUGAGUGCUAGCGGGCGUCGACCCCCAAAGUUAGAUCAUUCCACCCCGCGUCCUGAGCAGAUUGUAAUCCAUGGAGAAGACCAACAAGGACAUUCGUUCAUACAGCGAGUAGACGUAUACUCGGAAACGGGGGACGGGUCUAUAUGGAUUCCCGGCUGGAGCGGGAUGGGGGUAGCAUUGGAGACUCUGAAGAUCGAAGGCCAGAGGGCCAAGCCUGCAAAGCAAGUCUUGGCCCAGCUCAAAUUGUAUGAGACACCGAGAGAGUUAUAAGAAAACGAAGAGAAACAGAACUGAGAAUCCAUGUGUGCAU